CAAACGGCGGCGGCGUGUGCGCCCUACGUGGCCCCACCUCCGCCACCGCUUCCGCCUCACCGACGUGUCAGCAUCCCGUCCACAGUACCCGCCUGGACGAUUGGCAAUUCCUCCUCCUACUUGCUUGUCUUCGCCACAACUCUACCACCAAACUCCGUGCCCUCUUCGUCUCGCAGUAAGCUCCUAGCGCGCGACCAUGGCGGCGGCAGGUACCCUAGUCGUGUACAAGGCGGUGUUCGCCGCGCUUGGCUGCCUCAUGGUGGGUACCCUGGUGUACACCUGCAUCACCGACGGCUCGCCGUUUCGCACCGAGCUGCUGACCCCGUGGAUGGUGACAACACUGGUUGAUCUUUAUGUAAAUAUAGCAGCAAUUUCGACUUGGGUUGUCUACAAGGAAGGAAAUUGGAUUACUUCUAUCUUCUGGGUAGUAUUGUUGAUUUGUUUCGGCAGUGCCACUACAUGUGCUUAUAUUGUUAGCAAGUUAUUUGAGAUAACAUCUUCAGGGCUUUCCCAAAAUCCGCUUGAUCUUUUGUUGCUCAGGCAAGAUAAUCUACCUGAAAGGAAGUGUUCUUUUGUCGUCAUCGGAAGAACUAUUUUCAGCAUUCUGGGCAUACUCAUGGCUGCACUUGUCACGUAUACUGUCAUUACAGAUGGACUGCCUUUCAGGAAGGAUUUGUUGACACCGUGGAUGGCUGCAACCUUAAUUGACUUCUAUAUAAAUGUCUUUGCAAUAUCGGUAUGGGUUGUUCACAGGGAGUCGACUUGGAUCUCAGCAGUCAUUUGGAUAUGCUUGUUGAUAUGCUUCGGAAGCAUCACAACAUGUGGCUACAUUGUGGUUCAACUUCUCCAAGUGUCAUACCAAGACCCAGUCUACCAUCUGCUACUGAACUCCCAUAGCAAGUAUGGAAUCGCACCCUUGCAGUAAUCGCCGAUCCUCUUCUACUAUCCUGGUUAGCUUACAGUUGGUGUAAAUUCUGCUCGACAUGCAAUCAUUCAUGUGGCAUUUACCUGAUUGAAAUGUAGGAAGACCUGAAAACUCAUUGAAGGGAUAUGUUCUUGGUACACAAUAAUGUCCCCUCUGUUCAUAAAGGUGCCACAAUAAAGGGUAUACCAGAGUAGCAAUUAGAGAAGUUUUUUCUUUGUGGAAUGGAAUGAUUUCUUAACGAAGUUGAAGCUCCUUGUUAUGGUCUCAAAGGUGGUUUUGUAAUUGUAUAUCAAAUUUAAUUGCUUGGCAGAUGAUAGACAACAGAUUUUUCUUUUUUACGAAUAUGCAGAAGGCUUU